UGUGCGGUUUGAAAUCUUUUGUAUUAUAGUGUCCGAUUUCAUCUUGCCUGCUAAGUGACACCGAAAUUAAAAUCUAUUUUAUCGUUUUAUUUGUAUUAAAAUUUAUAUUUUUGAAGUUGGAUUUACCAAAUUUAAAACGAUAAGUUUUGAUAGUUUUACUUUUAUUGUGUAAAAAAAAAAUAAGUGAUAACAAUGGUGGUUGAGGCAGCGAAAGCCCUGACGGAAUUCGGCACGCGAAACAUCAAGAUCAUCAUCCUGAUCGCCCUCUUCGUCAUCACUACUAUUUUUUGCUUCUUGCCCCAAGUUGUCAUUUUUUUGUCAAAUAAAUUCGAUAGAGUUGCACUGCCGUUGACCAGGGAAGAGUUUAAAAAACGCCGCCGAAAAAGAAGAUUUCGUAAAAAUUCCGUCAGCCUAAUGAACUGCUUUGCAUCCGGUGUAUUCCUUGGGGUCUGCCUGCUAGACUUGUUGCCAGAAGUGGAGGAGAACAUAGAACAGUUUGUGACUGACUACAGGAUCGACAUCAAUUUCCCCCUUGCACAGUUCUGUGUUGUGGUCGGAUUUCUGUUGUUGAUGAUUCUCGAACAGGUUGCCACAUUAUUCAAGAAGGAUAGUUCGAACCCUUUCGUUCAUCACCAUCAUCAUGGUGGCCCUGAUUCUUUGGUGUCGUCAACUGCUUCGACCAUUCUUCCACUCGUUGUGGCAGAUUUCGAUGGUUCUUUCCAACAUCAUCAUGAAGACUUCCGCCCUCCACACCACCACCCCCACCAUCACCAUCAUCACCGUCGUCGUAGUGAUCUCAAUGAUAGCACCAUCAAUCUGGCCUCGUCAUCUUUUGCUUCUCAUCCGUCGAAUGACGAUAACAUGAUCAGUGUCAAUGUGAAUGAUGGCUACGACAACAUCGACAUCGAAGACAAGCCAUUGCUCUCAGAUCGCUUCUCACAAUCUCUCUCCCUUCAUUCACCCCAGCAUCAACACCACGACCACCAGGAAGUCAGCAGACAACAUCCUCAAACUAGGAACAGUUCAGAAUCAGAAAACCUGACGGAAAAAACGACUUUGUUAGCCACGACAACUUUGGAUGAAGAAAUAGAAAACCAGGCCGAAUUAGAAGAAACUGAAAUCGAACAGGCGGAAAUUUCUACCGAUCCUCGCGCCCACUCAAACGUUCGUUAUGUCAUGUUGGCCAUUGCCCUGUCAGUUCACUCCAUCUUUGAGGGGCUAGCUCUGGGGCUUGAGCCAAAAAUAGCUUCAAUUUUCCAGCUAUUUAUAGCUAUAGCCAUUCACAAAUGUGUUGUUGCUUUCAGUUUCGGUUUGAAUAUGUCACAAAGUGCACUGAACACAUGCACUAAAUUCUUCUCGCUGGUGGUGUUUUGCUUAGCUUCUCCUGUUGGCGCUGUCGUUGGGUUAGGAAUUGAGAUGGUCUCAUUCAACAAAGGAACAGCGGGGGCGAUAAUAGGGUCACUCCAGGGCCUGGCCUGUGGUUCCUUCAUAUACGUAGUUUUUUUCGAGUUGCUGCCCCAUGAGUUUUUUACCUACAGAAAAAGGCCAAGCCCUCUGCUAAAAGUGCUGAUGCUUAUAUUUGGAAUUUCCCUGAUGUCUCUUGUCAUGUUGAUCGAGCCUGCUGAAUGAUUGUGAUUGGUUGAUUGAAAUGUAUGUUGGUUGAUUGGUUUGUUGAUUGAUUGAUUGAUUGAUUGACUGACUGAUUGAUUGACUGAUUGAUUGAUUGGUUGGUUAAACAUUUUAUUUUUGAUACCUUAGAGUUAUCAUGUUUUAGUUCAUAAACCAAUGUUUUUAACAUUAACUGUUCACAAAAAAAUUUCUUUGCUGAUGUGUAUGUAUUCAAGUGUUAUAUUGUGUGUGUAUAUAUAUAUAUAUAUAUAUAUAUAUAUAUAUAUAUAUAUAUAUAUAUAUAUAUAUAUAUAUAUAUGCAUGUAUGUUUGUAUGUACGUGUUUGUGUUAUAUAGUAUAUAAAGCUAUGUAUUUAUUCAGUAUUAACAUUUAUAUUUUUGCAUGUAUAUUUGUCGUUAUUAUCUAUAUAUGUAUGUAUGCUGGUUUGUUUGUUUGUAUGUAUGUGUAUGUAUGUCUGUUUUUAUAUGAGCUGUACAUAUUUUAUAAACAUUUUAUAAAACAGACUUUAGUCAUUUCAUAUUUUAAACUCUCUUUUGUGUUUAAUGUAUUUAUGUUCGUAAUAUACGCAUACAUACAUGCACUAAUACAUACAAACACAUACAUACAUACAUACUUACAUACGUACGUACAUACAAACACAUAUUUACCAACAUACAUACAUAUUGAUCCAUUAAAUUAAAAUCUAUUUAAAUUUUUACUGUCAACUUAUUUGAUUUUUAGGUUUGAUUCGUUGUUUUAAAAAAAUUAUUCCCAAAUCAA